GAUUCUAAGAUGUCUUGUGACAGGAAGUUCUUUCUUUCUUGGCUUCUUUUACUUCUUCUUCCACUUUGCGCAGCCAUCCCAGGUUUGCAUGCUGAGAGAAAUAACACAGCAGAAACAGAGGAGAACAAGAAUAACACAGUCCCACUGAAUAAUACAGUGAGUCCUCUCACCACUGCUUCUCCAGACUAUGAAGACGACCAGUCUUCUGUUGCUCAGCCUCGCAAGAUCACACAAAGCCACAAGACAACACGAGAGAGAAUUCCAUUCAUAACUGAAGACAUUGACUAUGACAACUAUGAGGAUGACGAGGACAAUGGUUACAAAAAGCAGUUCACUUUGCCCCCACAAGUUUUUAAUGCACCUUGCCCCUUCGACCGCUGCAAGCAUCUGGAGCUCCCAUGCAGUGAGAUACAGAAGAGCACAGGAGGCAAAUGCUCUUGCCCUGGGAUAAGUGGACGUUCUAUUCUCCCUGAUGCUCCACGUUUGAAUGUCAUAACUCCUGGACAGACAGGCAUAAGUGUGAGCUGGUGCUCACCUUUAUCAACAGUGCAGGGAUACAGGUUGCUGUAUGGUUCUCCUGAAGGUCCACUGGAGAAAGGACCCUUGCUCAAUCAAUCUUACCGCUUCUUCUCAAUCCCCAACCUUGUCCCAGGCAUGCCAUACCGGGUGUGUGUAGUGGCCAUAAAUGAUGCAGGAGAAAGCCAGCUGCAGCCCAGUGAUGGAGAAGAAGGAUGGCCUGGCCCGGGAGGCAUUACAGGUCCAUGUGGCAUCUAUAAUACCUAUGACCCCUAUGGAUCAUAUAUUUAUUUGGCAGUAGGAAUAGGCUUGGCAAUACUUGCAGGUCUUGUAGGGAUCUUUGUCUUUGUUUAUUGGUUUAGGUGUAGAAAAGGGAGUAGAAAAUUAAAACGGGCAAUUGGGGAGGAGAUGGGGGUCACCAAUAUGUCAUUUAAGGCAGAAAGUGUUGAGAAUUUGUGACGAUAUAUUCUGGGGUGUAUGGUAUGAGGCACUAUU